CACCGAGAGCUAUAACGGCAGGGAUGAGAAAGCAGAGUGUAACAUCUCGGUUGUUGUGUUGCAAGCUAAAGAAAGACCAAGAUUUUACAAACAUUUUGACGCAAAGGUUGAACUAGACACCAAAAGCCCCAAGCCUGGUAUAAGUCAGACGCAAUUUACUAUUAUACGUAAGCUGUGAUUUGAAAGUACGCGGCCACAGAACCCAAAUUGUAUGUGUGAAGUGCUAACUGUUAGCUGACAGGCUACCUAGCAUAGCCAUACAAGCAAUGGCGUUGAAAAGAAUUCAGAAGGAGCUGUCAGACCUCCAGAGGGACCCACCAGCUCAGUGUUCUGCUGGACCAGUUGGAGAUGAUUUGUUUCAUUGGCAGGCAACAAUAAUGGGUCCAAGUGACAGCCCAUAUCAAAGUGGAGUGUUUUUCCUCACCAUUCACUUCCCCACAGAUUACCCCUUCAAACCACCUAAAGUUGCAUUCACAACAAAAAUCUACCACCCUAACAUCAACAGCAAUGGAAGUAUUUGUCUGGAUAUUCUAAGAUCACAGUGGUCUCCUGCUCUUACAGUUUCAAAAGUAUUAUUGUCUAUCUGCUCUCUUCUUUGUGAUCCAAAUCCUGAUGAUCCACUGGUACCAGAGAUCGCUCAUACAUACAAGGCUGACAGGGAAAAGUACAACAAAUUAGCAAGAGAAUGGACACAGAAGUAUGCAAUGUGAGAAUGUCAAGGAGAUCAAAGUACAAGAGAAGAAUGAAAGAAACAUGUCUGAUUUGUAACUUGAGACAAAUGAGCAACAGAGGAUUAAAAAAACUAGACAACAGCCCAUCUCUUGGUGAAGGAAGCGAUACAAUGAGGUACAGUGCCACCUGGCUUUCCAUGUGCUGAGCUGCUGCCAUGUGCUGUCCUUCAUGACUUGUAUGGAUCUGCUGAGCAGGACCUGAUGGGCUCCUAAAAGCACUCCCUUAUGGAAUACCGGAAACUCUUCACAGUCCAUACAACCACACUCAGACUUUAAACUGUUACUCCUGCUAUUGUGAAUUAUCACUAUCAUUGUUGCUGUUCAUAGAGAUCAUUUUCACCGUCAAUGAGUCAUAUCGUUGCUAUUCAAAAAAGUUUUGUUAAUUUUUUUUUUUCUUGUUUUCCCGCGGAGAUUGGCUCUCCCUUCAUUGCAGAGGUACUGCUUCUGUCCCACUGGAUGUCUUGUAUUACUGUAUUUCCAUGUAUUUGGUGGCCUUUCUGUGUUAUUUUCAAAUGGUAUAUGUGCAAUUGAGACAGAUUGUUCCCUGUUCAACACAAUGGUGCAGUGCCAUUACCAGCAGCUGUUGGCACAUACUGUCUCUACCCCGAAACAAUGUGAAAGAUGUAACGAAGGAUUGGUUUUUCACCCACUGCAUUUGGAAAUUAAAACAGUAUUUAGUGUUUUCAAUAGACUGGAGAGGUGCUGUUAAGAGCUAGUAGAUCAUCUUCCCAUAACUAAGGCUCCAUGUGAAGAAUGUCAACCUCCAUUUUUCUCACACAUGCUGUCAUUGCUUUUAUAUCCUGUAUAAGUAACCAUCAAUGGCUGGUGUUGUAGUGCACAUAAUACUACUGUUGUAUGACUUGUUCCUUGUUGUGUAGCUAUUAAAAUAGCUAUUUCUAGGCACAUAGUGCUGCUGUGUGCCACCUCCUCAGUACAGUGACUCAGGUAUCUAGCCAAAUCAUCAGCCUUUACAAGCAAUGACCCAUGGUGAGAAAUUACCAGGGCCUAUAUCACCAGGCUUCUGCAAACAGUACUCAUCUAAGUAAACUGGAUUGUUCACAUGAAAAAAGAGCUUACACUUCCUGAGGAGGUUAAAUUGAUCAAUGGCAGGUUGGCUUUCUUGAAGUUGUUUAUGCAUACAGGCCCUGAUGUGUUGCACAAAAAUAUGCUGUCCCAGAAGUACUGUCAUUUUGUCAUGGAGAGGGUUGCUUUUCCAUUAUCCCUCUUCAAUUUCUUUUUUUUUUUUUUUUUUUUCCAACAUCAUUUCCAUUUAUUUUUGAGCAACACUUGGAUGUGAACAGCUUUUAAACAAUGCUGUUAGAAAUGUUCAUGCUACUGUUUUCUAAAAUGAAAUGGCCUUUGGUUACAGCUGGCAUCAUUUAUACUCAAAACCUAAACAGACUUGACAUUUUGCAGAACCUAUUCAAAGUCAUGUGCAUCUAGUUACUUGAGGUUAAUAAAUACAGUUGCCGUGACAGUUUCAUUUGCUUUAAGAACCAGUGAUGUAAAGCUUUUUCAGCAUUUCUUUGUCUGUAUUCAUGAUUGGGUCUGCAAAGGUUUGUUUUGGGAUGGAAAACAUACACAGACACUAAACAAUUUGUCUGGAUGAUAUAUUUGUGACCUUUUGUAUUGUAUCUUAGGAAGCUUUAGUUUUAGGCUCUUUUCUCCUUCAUUUCACCAGAACUGAACAUGAUUGUGAUGUGUCAUAAUGUAAUUAGUUUAAUAUAAUCCAUUGUGAUUGUUGGAUAAAAUAGUUAGGAUAUGCAGUGACAUUUUUAUUUUUAAAUCAUGGCUCAUAAUGUGCUGAUGCUGCCAAUAUAAAGGGAAUUAUUUGGUGGUAUAAAGGGGAGGAAACUUAGCUAAUGAGGCAUUAUUAUAUGGAUUCAUCCAGAAAGGUCCAUAGUAAAGCAUGAACAUUUUAGAAGCUUUGAUUGUAGAAUUAACACCAUGGUUUAGGCGCCAAAUCUAGUUACUCAUUGUUAUAGCUGCUGUAGAAAUGUUCAAAGCAAGUUAUCCUGAAAUACAGUAUAUACUAAAAUUUUUGAAAAUAUAUGCUCUAAAUGCAGUGAAAGUCUUUUUGCUACCAGACCACAGUUGAAAAUGACUUGUGUGUGUGUAAUAGUACUAGUUUAAACUUUGUGUGCAUUGUUGUUUAUUUAUUUGAAAGCCGAGUACCUUCCAAAUGUACGAUUGAACGCAGCCUCAAUUCAUCAUGUGAGUGAUGCAACAUUGACUUCCUUUGUCCAGUGUGCUCAAUAGAGUUUAUAUAGGCAGCUUAGCAUGCUUUGCACUCUGGAGAACCCUCUCUCAGCCAUUUGCCAGAUAUCAGGGAUUUCGUUACAAUUCAUCUGCCUAACACCUCUAACUAAAAUUUUAGCCUUAACCCUCAUUUUCUAUAUAUAGAGAGAAUUGUCAUAAACUGUAAACUUGCUAUCAGGGCUGUAUCCCCUAAUGGGUAAUUCAUUUCAUCACUAAACAUGAACCUGCUUGAACAGUACCAAUAUAUUUUUAAUUAAGCCUGGCUUUCUCUGAAUGCAGGACCAGCCUUCAUGCAUCUUAAGAUUUGGAAUGUGUGUGCUUAAACUCUCACAAUGAACAUCCACAUCUCUCAUAGGCUACAUAAAAUAUCUAUUGACUUUGUCAUAACAUAUGAAUAAAGUUCAUCUUGUUUUAUCGUG